UAGGGCGGCAGAGUGGCCAGUACGCUACAGUCAUAUGUGUACUUUCACUUUCCAAAAGUAAUUUGAAGUGGCCUUCCGUGCUGGCGGGAGAUCAAUUUUAUCUUCGAAAAUAACAAUAACAACAUGUUGUAGGCCUACAGAUGAAAACGUUUUGAUUGCGUCCAUCGUCCAAACUGGAAUGAAGWCUAUUUUCGUCUCGAAUGCUUUUGCGCGUCUAUCGUCUGAAUGAAUCUAUCCACCCUGGGCCUGUAUUGAAAUGUAAAUAGCCUACAAUCAUACUUUAAUUUCUGAAUCUAUAUGUGCAACCCAAUUUGAACCGGUUGGUUAAUUAUUAAACUGUUAAUAAUAUUCAGUCACAUGGUAAAUAUAUAGCAUUUUUAUAUAGCAUAUAGCAAAUAUAUAGCAAAACUGAAUUGAAGAGGUGAACUGCAUUUGCGAUCGGCGCCAAUGGACCCGUUGGAUUUUUUGACAGAUAAGCAGUUACUGCAGUUUUUCCGCUGUAGUAGGACAGAAAUGUCGUGCAUGGAGCAACCACACACCUUUCUUAACCAGCUCCGAGACCACCACUUCAUUCCAGAGAAAAUGUACAAGAAGCUGAUUCAGUGUAGGAGUAAGGAGGUGAGGGAGAAGGGUGUGUACCAGGUGUUGGACUGGGUGGAGGCAGAGAGGCCCGACAGCAUCAAGGUGUUCUGGAACUGUGUGUUCAGGGACCACCUCCUGCUGCAGUACCCCACGUUACGCCUGCUACGAAAACGCCUGCUGGAMGGGUCGUUCACAUUUUAUGAGAAACUGCCAGAGAAGGUGGAGAAGGAAGAGGAGGAGGAUAAGAAGAAGAAGGGUUCAGUGGAAGGAGAAGAGGAAGACGAGGAGGAAAAGGAGACACGAAGGAAAAAGAGGAACCAGAAAAAGAGAAGUGAGAGUGCGGAGGAGCAGCCCAGCACGUCCACCCAGUCCAACCCCAGUCAGAAGAGGAAAGUUCAGAGGCCCAAAUACUCUUCUCCUUUCAGUAAGAAGGAGAAAGCUGACAUCUGGACCUGGCCCAUCUACAAGUCCCAUCUCCCAGUCACCUGUGGGGACAAAGAAGGCACGCUCAACAGGGACAAGCUGGCCAAAGGGGAGAGGUGCAUUGUGGUCCAGGGUCGCUGGUUCACCCCAAGUGGCUUUGAGGAGUUUGGGGGGAAGAAGAGCAGAAAGAACUGGAAGUACAGUAUCCGCUGUAGCGGCACCACUCUGGGAGAACUGAUCCAGGAAGGUCAUUUAACUUCACCAGACUUUAAAAGAAGAAAGAGUGCACAGGCCAAGAGAGCACUGUUUCCCUUCAACCAAUCAGCGGGCUCAAGCACAGAAUCUGAGGAGGAUGACGAUGAUGAGGAGGAGGAAGAGGAGGAGGAAGAAGAAGCUGAGCAGGAAAGAGAGGAAGGAGAGAGAAGAGAUCAGGCAAACACUGCUGAAGAGAGCAGUACAGGAGGCAGCCAUUGUGGUGUGAAAAAGACUGUCUUCAAAGUCACCUGUGGAGCCAUCAAUGGAAUGCUACAUAAUGAUCGGUUUGCAUCAGGGUCGUGUGGAAAGAGCAUCCGUACGGAGCUGUGCUGGAUGACCCCGGUGGAGUUUGUGACGGGGGAGUCAGCUCUGGAAGAUCCUUCCUGGAAGAAAGACAUCCAGUGGGACGGGAAACCACUCAGCGUCCUCAUCGAGAGCAAGAUCUUGGUMAUCCACUCUCUCCUGUGUAAGUGCAAGCUGUGYAGCUCCACGGCCAAAGACAGGCAUGAUCAAGAUAACGAUGACGACUGCUUCAUCUGUAGAAGCCAGGGCAGCUUGAUAUGCUGUGAUGAGUGUCCUCGCUCCUUCCAUCAGAGAUGUCAUCUUCCUAAUGUGGAUGAUGCUAUCCUGGGGUGAGAAGAGUUGAGGGUUGAUGAGAGACAGAGUGAGAGAAAGAGAUUGAUACAAGAGAGGUCUGUUUGUUCUGUGUAGGUAAACUUAGCUGUCAGCUUAUUUGUGGCACUAAUUGAAAUGU